AUGCCGCGAAAGAUUUAUGUUUUUAUAAAGAAAUACAUAAUAAGUGUGAAAGGAAGCGUCUUUUUUUCUGUUCUAGUUGGUAUUUUCUACAUUUUUCUUUUGAUAAUUUACACAAGCACGAGCACGAGAAUUCAUAACGAAUACUCAGAAAGGUGGAAUGAACGUUCUCAUAAUCAAAGCUCUGCAUGUAUAGAAAGAUGCAAAGGCUAUUGUGAGUCGAACGAUAUGGUCAUGCACUAUAUUGGCAACGAACCAUUUGGGUUUUACUGUCAAUACAAGAACCUCAGCCGUAAUCAUUUUACGUGCAGAAGAGAGCUCAAUCCGAAAUUAUACGACUCCUAUCACUACUGCCCAGUUUGGUUCGACUCGAUUCAUUGUGGAAAUUGGAUCAUUCAAGAAGAAAACUGGAGAAUGGUGGAGGAGUGGUCUUAUCGAAAGAAAAAGUCGGCGAAAAACUCUUAUCGUCUAAGCAGCAUAUCUGAAGAGAUGAUGCUAUAUGAUUUGCCGGACAGAGACGACCAUGUUUUCAAAGACCUUCCAGAAGAAAAUCCACCUGUCGACGAAGAACAGUUUCACUCUCUUCGUUCAGAUGAAGAAAUCUCGUUGUAA